CCUAUCGACUGAUAUAUGACGUACUGAUUUGUACCAUUGUAAUAUUAACGAACUCCUAUAUUAAGCUUUCAGUUAAGCACGACGGGCGAUAGGUUUUGGCAUCUUAUUCGUUCACUUCUAAAACCAAGCGGACACUUUUUUUACGUAAUUCGGGACGCUCUGCCCUCUCAAUAUAUUUCAUUGGCCGACUUAAAAUCGUGCGCGGGUGGAAUCCCAUGCGAAAGUUUGGAAGUUGUACGUGAGCGUGCCUGUCCAUCGCGGAUGGUACAAAAUACACUUUGACGACAAUGAAGACAGUUUUGUGUGUCGAUUACCGGUUUUCUUUACUGCUUUAAAAUCUGCCAAGGGUUUGGCAGUGGAAGUCUUGAGAGGAAUGCGACGUAAGGUCGAGUUUUUAUAACUUAAUAUCAUCAAGUAGUUUGGAAGGAAAAUGCACUCGGAAACUUCGAGGAUCUGUAUUAUAUCUAUAUGUGGCUACGAAAGUGUCUUGACGGGUUUCUGAAUAAAGCGCAUUGUGCGAUGGGAACUCAGAGGAACGGGUUCAGCAAAAAGGAGACGUUCGUUCUUUCUGUAGAUGUAGGAACAACCUCCGUCAGGUGUCAUGUGUACGACAAGUGUGCCAACAUCAGAGGGUCAUGCAGCUCGAAAGUGUCUCUUCUGUAUCCUCAACCCGGGUGGGCAGAGAUCGACCCCGAAGAGCUUUGGAAAGGGUUCGUCACUGUAGUGAAAGGAGCUGUACAAGACUCAGGCUUACAGAUGUGCCAAAUGGAAGGGCUUGGCAUUUCAACCCAGAGGGCAACGUUCUUGACCUGGGAAAGAAACACAGGGAAACCUUUUCAUAAUUUCAUCACCUGGCAGGAUUUGCGGGCAGCAGAGUUGGCGAGAUCAUGGAACAGGUCAUGCACAAUGAAGAUGGUACAAGGCGUGACGAAGAUGCUGCACUUUCUCACCAGACAGAAGCGGUUCCUUGCCGCCAGCCUGGUUGUUUUUUCCACCCAACAUGUGUCUCUACGUCUUGUCUGGGCCCUAAACAACAUUCCUCAGUUAAGACAGGCAGUCGAAGAUGGCACCUGUUAUUUUGGGACCAUAGACACCUGGUUACUAUACAAACUCACGAAAGGGGCGGUUCAUGCAACAGACUUCUCUAAUGCCAGUGCCACAGGAAUAUUUGAUUCUUACCAGAUGUGCUGGAGUGGAUUUCUGUGCUCACUGCUUUCUAUACCUCUCUCCACCCUCCCCAAGGUGCAGAACACAAGCCACAAAUUUGGAUCAUGUGAUCCGUCCAUAUUUGGAGUGCCCAUCCCCAUUAUGUGUGUUAUGGCGGACCAACAGGCAGCCAUGUUUGGAGAAUGCUGUUUUGACAUAGGUGAUGUGAAAAUCACAAUGGGAACUGGGACCUUUAUGGACAUCAAUACGGGAAACAAACCACAUACGUCAGUGUCUGGUCUUUAUCCCCUGGUGGGCUGGAAGAUUGGCGCUGACGUUGUGUUUCUAGCUGAAGGUAAUGCUGCUGGAACAGGUGCUGCCAUUAAGUGGGCACAGGAUCUAGAGCUGUUUACGGAUGUAAAGGAGACAGAGGCCAUAGCCACCAGUGUGGCAGAUUCAGAUGGAGUAUAUUUUGUGCCUUCUUUUUGUGGCUUACAGGCCCCUCUGAAUGAUCCAAAAGCAUGUGCUUCUUUCAUGGGCUUAAAACCUUCUACAACCAAAAGUCACUUGGUCAGAGCAAUUCUCGAAUCCAUUGCAUUCAGGAACAAGCAACUGUAUGAUAUCAUGCUUGGAGAAACUCAUAUUCCUAUUACCAAAAUCAGGGCGGAUGGAGGUGUAUGCACUAAUGACUUCAUCAUGCAACUGACAUCUGAUUUAUUGGGGCGUAAAAUAGCACGUCCAAAUCACUUUGAUAUGUCCUGCCUAGGAGCUGCUUUUGUUGCUGGGCUAGGAACAGGCUACUGGAGGAACCAAGAGGAGCUCAAGAAGAUUCAGUCCACUGACCAACAUUUUAAUCCCCAAAGGAAUAAAUCUGAAGGGGACAAGGGAGGGCAAUACAGAAGUGUACUGCAGAGCUGGGAGAGGGCUCUACAGCGGUCCAUGCAUUGGUACAGCCAGCCCUGAAAACUACAAUACAAGCCAUUACUCUGGAGCAGACCAACUCAAUGUUCAUGUGAACAGCUUUGGGUCGAUUCAUAGAGGAACAAGCUUCUUACCGAGAAAAACACUUGAACAGCAUUCAAACUGGAGCUCUGAUUUGGAAACGCGCACAUCAUAAAUUAUGGUUUAUUAGGGUAUUAUUAAUGGUAUCCUUAUGAAAUGAUGACAAUAGGGUAGGAGCUUAGGUCACACCCUGCUUUGGAAAAAGAACAUGUAUGUGGUAUUUUGAUUUUGCCGAUCAGUUAUUCAGCCAGCAUACAUCAGUCCCUGUGCCUUCAUCCAACUACUGUUUUUUUAAUAGUGUUGUUGAACAAAUACAUUUUUAUUUAACUACCGUUUUGGAGUACUUUUAUGUAAGAGAUAACUCUAGAGGAAUAUUGUCAUUGUAGUAGUUUACAUAGAUUUGAAAAUUUAAAAACUUACUUCUAUUUUUUUUAUUAAAGUUAACACUUAUCUAUUAAUACAUUAAUGUUUUGUAAAAUGUUCUGUUGAUAUUUUCUUAAUUUGAUAUGUGGAUUAUGCAGGUGAAAUUUUUUAUAAUAUGUGUAAUAUAUGUACUUUAAAUAAUGUACCUCUUAAUGCAACAAAAAAGAAUGCCGUUAACAUGAAAAGUGCAUCUCAUAAUGGGUUUAUUUCCUUUGAUCAAAUUAUCCAACCUGCUAUACUUGCUUUUACAACAAUUGUGGCAGUUAAUAGUAUCGACAAUGAGACAAAGGUUUAUGAUGUCAAGCAUUCAACUGUUAUCAAUAAGUGACUGUGAAAGUGUAACAUGAUGUUUAUAUCAAAUAAAGAACAUACAUACAGAAAAUGUGUUUUUUUAAAUACACUGUCAAAGAACUGUUAAUGUCAUGUUGUGUUUCUUAUGAAUAUGUGAAAAAAUUUAAUGACUAUGUGGGAAACAAUAAACUGCACGUUUGUCCUA